AGAGGAUAAAUUCACAUGUUGAAAGGAAAGACGCAUUUUGUGUAGUUAAUUUCCUUAAUUAGACAGGAAAAAGAAAUUUCUCUAUAUAUCUAAGAUCGUCAAGAAGGUUAAAUCAUGCCGAAAAACAAAGGAAAAGGAGGAAAAAACAGGAGGAGGGGUAAAAAUGAGAAUGAAAAUGAAAAGAGAGAACUGGUGUUCAGAGAAGAUGGGCAAGAGUAUGCACAGGUUACAAAGAUGUUGGGCAAUGGACGAUUAGAAGCUCUCUGUUUUGAUGGAGUAAAGAGGUUAUGUCACAUCCGAGGAAAGCUACGGAAAAAGGUGUGGAUCAAUGCUGGAGACAUCAUCCUACUGGGACUUAGGGACUACCAAGACAAUAAAGCGGAUGUCAUACUGAAAUACACACCAGAUGAGGCCAGAAAUCUAAAGGCUUAUGGAGAACUUCCAGAAUCUGCAAAACUCAACGACAACCUCUUUGAUGAAGAUAAUCAAGAUGAAAUUGAGUUCCAGAAUAACUUUGAUGGAGAUGAGGAUGAUAUUGAAAAUAUGUAAAGAGGUCGAUAUUUUGCUGAGAUGUCAUGGACUUUAAGAUGUUGAACACAUAAGACUGAUUAUUAGCAGGUGUCUGUAGACAUGAACUGUUAAUUGGUUUGCUGAGAGAUUGAGUUUACUGGACUGUCUAACUCCAUUGUCAUUACAAGUAGAAGUUAUAUGAUGAUGACAUAUUGUGAUAAUGCCUGUAAUGAUGUCAAUCCCAUGGUGGAGAACAUGGACAAACAAUCUCACAGACAGGAUUAUUUAUUCCAUGUGGUGUUUUUGGAAAUUGAAUUCUGACAGUAAUCUUGGACAGAGCAGCAAUCUACAAUUGUUACUGUUGGAGUGUGUGAUUCAUAAUAUGACUGUUAUAUAUAUUUCAUGGAUUAUAUUACCUUUUCUCUUCAUUAAUGGAUUUGUACGAGACAUAAUCAAAUAUUCUGAUAAAAUGUAUCGUGCAUGAUGGUUUGUCUCUAUAAUUACCAUAUGCAUGUGUGAAGAUCUCUGACAUCAAUAAUUACAUAUAAGAUAAUUCUUCUUUAAAUAAUUCCUACUUGUUGAUGAGCACUUCUUUCAUAUAUUUGAAACAAUUUUUUUUAUUGAAAGAAAAAAAAGUUUGUGAUUGUCCUUAAUCUAUUGAUAAUACCACAUUCAGGACCUAUGAUUAAGGCAUACUUCAUGCAGUGUAAAUUUAAACAGAAUUGAGUAACCCUGCAAUUUCAUAUUGAGGAAAUAUUAUAAUAGAAAAUUCCAUUUUGUAGAAUUUGUAGAAAUAAAGGCAAGAAAUUAAACAUCAGCCAGAAUGAUGAAAGUGCUAGUAUUAUCUUGGCAAUUUAUGGUGUAAAAUGUUGUACAAUUGUAUUUUCUUUAUGAUUAAUACAUUUGUAUUGUAUUCAUGUCUUUAUAUGUUGUAUGUUUAAUUCUUGGCAAAUUUGUUAAUAGUAGGAAUCUAUAGAUUUACAUCAAUUUACAUUAUCAAGAAUAAGGAAAGAAAUUUUUAUAAUGGACAUCACUUAUUUUGCCAGAUUUUGAAAGAAUCUAGUAUUUUUACAGGUCAUCUUGACUAUUUAACAUCAAGUACUAAUUAAGAUUUUUGAUAUUAGCUUUUUGGGUAUUAAAGAAAUUUUCCUACAAUUUUUCAUCAAUUAUCAUCUUAAUAGCAAGGGUUUUGAAUAUCCUUGUUGAUCAGAGUUGUUGUGAAUAGUUCUAUGUUGCCUUGAUGAAAAUUUUGUACAGGCUUUUGGACAAAAAACAAUGCUUCGUUGCUGUUGAUAUGUUUUAUAUGUGAUAUAUGCACAAAUUCAAUUACUACACUCUUGGUGGAUAGUUCAUGGUCGCUUAGUAUGAAGUACUCCAUAUAUGGAACUAGUACAGUUUUACAAAGUAAUGUAAGUAAAUGAAGGAACUCCAUUACUCUUCUUUUCCUUUGAAAAAUGAUAAAUCAUUGCACACAAAAGUAUUUUAGAAUUGAGCUUCAGUGAUACAUUCUGCUGUCUCUCUGAAACUAUUUUAUGUUAAAAAAAUGUUCAGUUCACUUGUACAAGGUACAUUUAGAUACCAUAGUUGAACCUACCAUUAAAGAACCACAAACAACUGAUCACCACAUGUCCAGACUUUUGACUGUUUUUGUCAAUAAAUGAUGACAGAAAUGGGAUUAUUCAGUUAUUUUUUGGACUCUGGUAUUUGAGUCCUGAACUCCAGCUUUUCCUGUGGGACUCGCUCCAAAUUUGAAAGCCCACUUUUAAAUGCCAUGUACCAGUAGUAGAUCAACCACAUGCUUUUCAAAAUCUCUUGUGACAGGUACAGAAAUUCAUCUUGUACUUUCAAUAUAUGCAAAUUAUCAUAAAAGGAAUUUAUAGAAAAUGUUAUUGCUUUCAGUUUAGAAAUUUGUUUUAAAAGUCAAGGACAGCAUUUACCAGUACAAAUUUUCUUUUACUGGUAUAAUGUUGUUUCUAAGUAUACCUGUAAAUAACUGAUAUUCAAAUUUUUGUCAGGUUAACAGAGGUUUCUUGUAUUUCAUCUUAUAAAAGUUUUGUUAAAUAUGUUUCAACAACCAAAUUACUGUAAUAAAUGUAAGUACUUGUCCAUCAAUAUGUUUGGAUAUGUCAACAUGUUUGGAUGUACAUUAAAUUUUACCAUACCUGUUUCUACUGCAGCAUCAAUUAAGAGGGAAAAAGUAUUCUGGUAGUCUUGUUUGUAAAUGUGUUGCAAGAAAGGGUGACUUUUAUAGCUUAAUUUAGCAUUUUGUAAUGAGUCAGAAAAAAGUAACACAUACACUACAUCAUAUUGAUAUAACUGUUUUGAAUUUGAAAUAAAAAAUAAAUAAAUGAAAUUUAGAUCUAGUAAAA